GAGAGCAAAGGGGGAGAGUUAAGAUCGCCAGCGAGCGGACGGGAUAGGAGGAGGGGAGACAGGAAAGAGAAGGGGAGCGCUAAGGGAGAGCUAAAGGGGAGAGCUAAGGGGAGAGCUAAGGGAGAGAGAGGAAGAAGGGAGCGGAGAAGGGAGCGCGACAGAGCCUUGCGCACACAGCAAACAUGGCGACGACGAUAUGCACCCGCUUCACGGACGAGUAUCAGCUGUACGAGGAGCUGGGCAAGGGAGCCUUCUCGGUGGUCCGCAGGUGUGUGAAGGUGAGCACUGGGCAAGAGUUUGCAGCCAAGAUCAUCAACACCAAGAAGCUGUCUGCCCGAGAUCACCAAAAACUGGAGAGGGAAGCUCGGAUUUGCCGUCUGCUGAAGCACUCCAACAUCGUACGUCUCCAUGAAAGCAUAGCAGAGGAAGGCUUCCAUUACCUGGUCUUUGAUCUGGUAACAGGAGGAGAGCUGUUUGAAGACAUUGUAGCCAGAGAGUAUUACAGUGAGGCUGAUGCCAGCCACUGCAUCCAGCAGAUUUUGGAAAGUGUUCACCAUUGCCAUCAGCAUGGCAUCGUGCAUCGUGACCUCAAGCCUGAGAACCUGUUGCUAGCAAGCAAGAUGAAGGGAGCUGCUGUGAAGCUGGCGGAUUUUGGACUCGCCAUUGAGGUGCAGGGUGAUCAGCAGGCUUGGUUUGGUUUUGCUGGCACUCCAGGGUAUCUUUCCCCUGAGGUUCUCAGGAAGGAUCCUUAUGGAAAACCAGUGGACAUGUGGGCUUGCGGUGUGAUUCUUUAUAUCCUACUGGUGGGGUACCCACCUUUCUGGGAUGAGGAUCAGCACAAACUUUACCAGCAAAUCAAAGCUGGAGCAUAUGAUUUUCCAUCACCGGAGUGGGAUACCGUGACUGCAGAAGCAAAAAAUCUCAUUAACCAAAUGCUGACUAUCAACCCGGCCAAGCGUAUCACCGCUGCAGAGGCACUCAAACAUCCCUGGAUCUGCCAACGCUCCACCGUGGCAUCUUGCAUGCACAGGCAGGAGACUGUGGAGUGCUUGAGGAAGUUCAACGCCAGAAGAAAACUCAAGGGUGCUAUCCUCACGACAAUGCUGGCCACAAGAAACUUUUCAGUGGGGAAGCCGAGUAGUGCGGGGCUGGCGGCGGCAGCAGCCACAGCCGCAGCUGCUACCAGUGCCCCAGCCGCCCCUGCUUCUGUGUCUCUCGCUGGUCUAUCCGACCAAGCAGCCAAGAGUCUUCUGAACAAGAAAACUCAGGAUGGCGUUAAGAAACGGAAGUCCAGUGCAAGUGUUCAGCAGAACAACACAGCAGCCAGUGUAGCGAGCAGUGGGAAAGAGGGCUCCCCUUCUCCAGCACUGGAGCCUCAGACCACUGUUAUCCACAAUCCGUCAAAUGGAGCCAAGGAAUCUUCCGAGAGCAGCAAUACUACAAUUGAGGAUGAAGACGUGAAAGCCGCGAAAAGUGCAGAGCAAUCGAGCGCAGUUAAACGGACGGAGCCAGCGGCCCUGGCUAAUGCUAGCGCUAAUACGAGCCCGACGGUUAAGCCCACCCAAAGCCACUCGCUCCAGCUUUCUGAGUCCGAUCGCUCCAACUCCGUGCAGUCACGCAAGCAGGAGAUAAUCAAGGUGACGGAGCAGCUCAUCGACGCCAUCAACAAUGGCGACUUCGAGGCUUACUCGAAGAUUUGUGACCCCGGCUUGACCUCCUUCGAGCCCGAAGCUCUGGGUAACUUGGUGGAGGGGAUGGACUUCCACAAAUUCUACUUUGAAAACCUCCUGUCCAAGAACACGCGCCCGAUCCACACAACGAUCCUGAACCCGCACGUGCACCUGAUCGGCGAGGAGGCGGGCUGCAUCGCCUACGUGCGCCUAACGCAGUACCUGGACGGCUCGGGCCUGCCGCGCACCCAGCAGUCGGAGGAAACGCGCGUGUGGCACCGUCGCGACGGACGCUGGCGCAACGUGCACUUCCACCGCUCGGGAGCGCCGUCCGCCCUCCCCGUCAAAUAAGGCCGAGCGGGUGGUCUCGGCGAUGGUGUGCUCCCUUGUGAGGCAGCCUCGAGCGAGCCGCCAACAGCGUCGCCCGCCGGGUGGCGCAGCAACGCAUGUCGCGCCAUCCCCUCCGCCCGGCUGCCUGCUCCGUAAAAAAAAAAGCACGUGACUCCAUUGUCCUGUCGCGUCGCACUCUCUCUCUCUUUGGUGGAUGUUUCAACUUGUUUCAGCGUACCGCACGGCGGCGCAUAAUACUUAAGCUAAAAAAACGGAAAAAAAAGUAUAUGUGUCAUACAUAUAGCUGGCCAGGAUGAAAUUGUUGCAUGAAUUUUCUUAAGUACUGAAAUUAAAAUUGCAAAAAAAGGUAACGUUUCAUAUUUUUUUUUGUUUAAAAAUUAUCACCAUGGCAUGAAAUUGUUACGUUGGUGUGCUUACAAUUAGGUGUCGUAAAUGGUAUUGGAUAUGUACGUGAGCAUUUGAAUUCAUCAGAAGUGAUUUCUCGUGGAGGUGAUGCAAACAAAAGAAGCAUCAUGCAGCUGUUGUUUUUUUAUCAUUAUUAUUACUAUUAUUAAUGUUAUUCUUACAUGGAGGAUCAUCGUGUUGGGUGUAAUUGUCAUGUUGUAGACUGGGGAGGUUUAUAAAAGCUUCCACUGAGAAGAACAUUCAGAGGAACAGUCAUUAAAGGUAUCAAGCUGUGAUGAAGCUUCCACUAAUCAGAAGGUGUAUUAGUUUGAUAGAGGUUUCCGAAAACAAUGCUUUUUUGAACGAACAUUUUAAUUUAAAAAUGUUUCCGUUUAUUUUUUUGUUUUAUUUCCCCGCCCCCCUCCCCCCACCACCACCUCACGUAAAGUUCCUUGAGGCUGAAGGUGAAACGUCCCUCGCUGUGUGUGGUGUAAGGUCUCCUACGCGUGGCUGAGAAUGUGGAACUACAGAAAGAUCACAAACCUUUUUUCCCCGUUCCCGUGUGGAAACGGAGCUGUAGAUUACGUUGGAGUUUGUAGCAGGGCGGGGGGAGGGGGUGAAAAAGACGGCGGUGUUGUCGAAUUCUCCCCGUCCUUUUGCUCCCCCACACUUUACGAGGGGGCUAAGAGGCGCAGCAGAGUUGAGGGGGGGGGGCUCGCCACUCCUUCUGAGAAUGCAGGCAGUUGUGCGUAUGAUGAUGGCCGGUGCAGGGUAUGUGGCUGGGUUCGAGUUAUAUUCGUUAUUUUUCUUGUUUCAAGUCAUCGUGGCAGUGCUGCGUUGAGUAUCGGGGUCUGUUGAGUUGCCCCCCCCCCCCCCCCCCCAGAGUACUGGGGUGAGUGCAGAAGGCCAGAACACCGAUGUGAGUGGGAUUGAUGAAGCCUUUUCUCGAAAGUGAACUUUCAUAUUUUUAGCAUUGUAACAUUUUCGGCAAUGUUCUCUUUUUUGCGUUUAAUUGUAUUUGUAUAUUCCAGGCUUUAAUUAAAAAAGGCUUUGGAAAUUUUUUUUUUACAAUUUCAUAUGUGUGCGAGAGAGCGCGUGGGAAUUUUAUUUCGGUUUUGCAUAUCGAUCACUAAUUGCUAGCAACUACUUUUUUCGUGACUAUUUUUUGGGAUUUUUUUUGUGCAAUAACUUAUUUCCAUGAUUGGUUUGAAAUAACAACAGCACAGAUGAAGCACUGCAGGCAGAAAUAAGGGAAAGUAAAACAAGUUUUUAGGUUUAUAUGACAUUUGAAUUUGACAGUUAUUAAAUUGUAGUGUAUUACAUUUUAAUACAAUUUAGGUAUAGAUCGGUAAAAAUAAAGAAAGUGCUGUUUUUCAGUGUAUCACUAUCAUGUCUGAUAUGCAACUUUUAAACACAUUGCAAACAGAUUAAUGCCUGCCAAAUAAAGAUUUAAAUGCAUGUACUGCUUAUUUAUUUAAAACAAAAAUAAGAAAAAAACUUAACGUGAACUGGUAUGAAAUAUUAAACAUAUUAAGUUGCAGAGCUUAAUUAAAAUAAUUAACAACAAAAAAACGGUGUAAUCAGUUAAUCUUUCAUUACAAAUUGAAUGUUAUAUUUGAACACGGUAAAUGUAGCCUGCUCCGUUGGUUACCUUUUUAGAGUCUUGUAUUUGAAUUAGUUUUUUUUCUUCCUGGAAUGCUUUUGAGUUGUAUCAUUUCUAAGCAUGUUGUUCCAUCGUGUUUUACUUAUCUGAGCAACACAAUGUGCAACUUUAGAGAGGGCGUCGACCAGUCCAAUGCCUUCUUCAUCCGAGCGUGUUUUUAGAGAGCAAAACGUGCACGGUAAAAAAAUAUAUAUAUCUAGGAUAACAAAAAAAAAUACAAACGAAAUCGUUGAACGUUAAUCCAUCUCGCGCGCGCGGUGCACGGCACUCCAGUUUGCAAGUCGUAACAAAAUGUGCACGGGUGUUGUUUUUUUCGCUGAAGAGCUGAUGUUGGUCAAAGAGAAAGGUCUGUGGGUUGGCAGGAAUCGUUUAUUGACUUCCUGAGUGCUUACAUUUAACAACAACAAAAAAUAGAUAACAGUAUUUUGUGAACUGUAGAACUUGGGGCGUAGUUACAUUUUCUAUCUGAAGAAGUAGAAGAGAAUUAAAUAAAAAAAGGAACAAUUUAGGAGUGGAUGCAAAAUUGAGGCCGUUUAUUUGCAGGAAUGUGAAAAGAUAGCAAGGACGAUACCCGCCCCCCACCCCUGCUGCCCCCUCUUCCCCCCCUUUUGGUGAACAUAGUCCGUUAUUUUAACUCAAAUAGUUUAUAAUCGCUUGCUGUAUGCUGCAUGAUGACGUAGUGUAAUGUUGUUGGCAGGAGUCGGGCUGCCUCUUGCGUUCUGUAACCCGUAUGCCCGAUUUGCUCUGCCCGUAGCUCUUUCCUUCAGGAUAUGUUCUUUCACUCUUGAUUUUUUGGGACGUGUUGUACUUCGAUAUUUUUCCCUGCAAGACGUGUCGCAUCUUGUAGAAAACAAUAAAUUCGCUUAUUGAGACUGUAAA